CGGUUUCUCCUCGCGCAGUGACUGUCAAAGCUCGAGCGGGUGGCGCCUCCCCUUUUCCUCUAUAUAUGACCAGCCUCAACUCCUCCGCUGUCUCACACAGUGCGUUCACACUCGGAGAGGAGAUGUGGUCAGGAUAGAACUGCUCUUCUUUUCUUGCGUGCACUAAAUUGCGUUUUUACACGAAACCUCUUGUUGCGUCCCGCGCACGUUUGUUGUUUUCGUUCCCCUUUCUCGUUUAGCUCUUUGUGGUUUUAUUUAUUAAAAUGAAGGCCAGCGCACCGGUUCGCCCUCACAAGGUUUCUUCUGGCUGCAGUCAGCUCCCCUUGCGUUAUUUGACGGAGCGCAGCCGAUGCAAAAUGGAAGAGGAGGAUCUUUUUUGUCUGCAGUACGACAUGAACGACUGCUACAGCCGACUCAAGCGCCUGGUGCCCACUAUUCCGCAGGAUAAGAAAGUCAGUAAAGUGGAGAUCCUCCAGCAUGUCAUUGACUAUAUCCUGGACCUGCAGCUGGCGUUGGAGACGCACCCGUCUCUCCUAAAACAGACGAGCCCACCCGCCUCCACACGGACCCCUCUCACACAGAUCAACACAGAGCAGAGGACGACGGGUGUCAAUAAGGAGGACUCGAUUUUGUGUCGCUGAAAUGUUGCACACCGGUGUGCACUGAACCCAUCCAAAGCCAAGCCCAGCUUCACCAGGGAAUCCAACACACACCAGGCCCAAUCGCAGGGGAGCAGCACUGAAACUAAUAGCUACUAAAUCAUAAUAUGUAAACAUUUUAACGUCAGCUGUCAAAGAUGCGGUGAAGCCAGCCAGAUUUCUCCUGUGCCCAUUCUGUUCUCUCUCAGGGGGGGAAAUGCUGAAUUUGGACAGAGAGUCCCCCCACCCCCCUCUCCCUCCCUUUCACACCACUGAAAUUUUAAUUUGAACAAGACACCUCAGAUUUAAAAAAGAAAAGAAGAAAAAACCUGCAUCUAAUUUUACUAAAA